CACGCCUCCACUAGUAGUCACCCCACUUCUGACUGGACAGACUAGACUACUCUGCUGCCUCUAUCUUUAGCCUGUUUUCAUGCAAAUAUAACGCUAAACUCGUUAAAAACUCAACUACCCUUGACUGUAACACUAAGUGUGCUACACAUUCGGGUGAACAUGUAGCAAUGGAUUUUAUGAAGCUGUUUGGCACCGUUAUCGCCGUUUUUUUAUACCCUGGAUCCUCGUCCAAAAUAAAUGGCCAGAGGAUCUGUCGGCGCGGGACAGAGCGCCCAUGCUACAAGGUGUCCUACAUCCAGGAGAGCAGGCGGAGGCUGACCUUUGAGGAUGCCAGGCAGGCCUGCAGGUCGGAUGGAGGAGACUUGCUCAGCAUUGAAACAGAAAGCGAGCAGCGCCUAAUGGAGAGGUUCAUACAGCAGCUGCAGGCUGGAGAUGGAGACUUCUGGAUUGGCCUCCGCCGCAGCCCACAGCGAUACAGGCCCGGGAGCACAAGCCCAGGGUGCCCCUCGCAGUACUAUUGGCUGGAUGGAAGCAAGGCCAAGUUCAGGAACUGGCAUUGGGAUGAGCCAUCGUGUGGUGUUGAAAUGUGUGUGGUUCUGUACUACCAGCCCUCUGCACCGCCCGACGAAGAAGGACAUUUCCUUUUCCAGUGGAACGAUGACAACUGCAACUCCAAGAACAACUACGUCUGCAAAUACCCAGAAGAAAAAGUACAAGUGUUUACCGAGGAAGGGGACAAAGCACAUGCAGUUCCAUCUCUGAGUCCAAACGUUUCCUCAACUACAGAAAGAGAUGAGAAGAUAAAAAUAGGACUACCAGAGUCAUCAGUGUCUUUCUCAGAGAACACCCUGUAUGUCUCCUACAUCCUGUAUGCAACUAUUCCUGCUCUGCUGCUGCUGCUGUUUGCAGCUGCUGGGUUCUUCUGCUACAGAAAGCAUGCCAAGAGGAGGAACACAAAAACCGAUGGCUACCCCAGCCGAUCCAAACCGUGGAAGACAACAACAGCUUCUCCUUAUGCCGUACAAGGACCCUACGCCUUCAGUGACAUUACCAAACUGCCCCACACUGCUCUGGACAGCAGCAUGCCGGCAGACAUCAUGAAAAAGUAUCCUUGUGCUCCUUCCCAGGAAUCCCAGUGUGACGAUUAUGAGAAUGUGUCAUGCGUGGUAAAGGAGAGUGGCUUUGUGAACAAUGACAUCUAUGAGACCUGCAGAGGUCAGAGCCGGCAUGCUGGUUGGGUUGAAAAUGAGAUUUACGGAUAAAAAAAUGUGGUCUAUGUUAGUGUCCAUCAACCUUAUACCAACUAUCUACCCAGCUAGACACAGGAACACCCUGCUCUCCAUCCCUUCAUUCCUGUACUAUACACCACAUGCUGGUGUGGUGCAGGAUAACUAAACACGUGGCUGUGUUGGCCUGAACUUAUGUUCCAAAAACUUUUCACCAGUGUGUAUGUAUCUCCAGUUUUUGCAUUCUGAAGCAGCCAGCAUUAAAAUCUGCAAGUCAGAUAAAUUCUUGAAGCGGGGCAUCCCAAAGAUUUGCCAAUUGUAAGGCUAAUUGUGAAGAUGUGAAUAUGAGCAUGGCAUAAGGUUACAUUAAAUGCUAGUCUAUUCCCAAUACGUUUUAUUAUUAAACUAGACAAAGCUUCAGCAGAAAUGUUAGCAGCCCUGUGACACUGUCCUUGUUCACUGUCACGUGCUAACAAAGGCUAUUGAUCAAAUGCUGAUGUUUCAUAGGUGCACUGCAGAGAACACCUGAGGCUCAUGGGCAUGUCAGAUUAGUCUUUCAGAUAAUUGGUAACAAACUAAAGGAAUUCUUAGAUUAAAUGUUUGUGUAUUCAAUUUAAUAGAUGUUGAGACACUUUUCUUAGAAAAACACAAAUAUCACCCUCAUGAUGGCGCUAUAACAUUAACAUACAUAAUCUGGACAAAUUCUCCAACAAAAGAUGUCAGCAGCACGAAGGCUUUGGCUUCAAAGAGGCAUUAAUGAACUAAAAUAAGCCAUACUGAUUCAGGUCAGGUUUGCUGAGCAGUAGUGCUGAUAUAUUUGGCAUGGAUUUUUUUACUAACUCUAGGAAUAAGUGCAAGUUUUGAGGACUCACGCAAGGUUACGCAUCUCUAAACAAUCCAAAAUUAAACUACUACCUUUUUCCACUGACGUCAGAUAUUAUGAAACACAAGGACAAAAAGAUCCUUUUGUUUUACUAUAUGGCCGUGGAGUUGUUCUAUUUAUGGGCUGUUCUGACCCUUUCUCUAUAACUGAAGAGUGGUGUCAGCUCAGUGUAAGGCUUCCUGUUUGGACUCUGAUGACCGGGAACAGGACAACGCAUGUGGAAACACUGAUGACUGAACUUUGUUGAUCCCAGUCAACCUCAAAGCUGCGGGCUUUUCUCGACUCCACCUGACCGUGUGGGAAACUAAACCAUCAUCUGCGUAUUUCAUGUAUUCAUUAAUCAGUGUUGUGUAAAAGCAUAUGCCUUUCUUUUAUCUGCAAAUAAUCAUGGACAUACAUCUGAACACAAAUGCCUGUGUUCUUUGUGAGUGGGCUGCGAGGUAUGUUUUUUGGAAAGAUAAAGAAAGCCCAGUAAGGAGAGGCUGACUGUGUUCUUGGAGAAUCUUAGACAGGAAAUGCCAAAAGCACAUCUGGAACUCUUACAUUCAGGAAGUGUAUGCGUGACAGCAGAGGCCUUUGGAGCGCUGCUCUGCCUGCCCGCUUAGUAAUCCUCUGCUCUGUGUUGGUCUGUCACUGCAUGAGCUGAAGCAAACCACUGCAGGGUGUGAAUGCGUGCUUCAUUUCUAACAUGACAUGAUCUUCGGGUGUCAAAUAAAAGUUUGGUUGCAAUGUG